AACGCCGUGAAGCUCUACCUCCAUAUCGGAGGGAACACCCCCAAAGCGAAGUGGGUGGUGUCGGAGAAGCUGAGCUCGUAUGGCUUCAUCAAGAUGCUGAAAAUUGAUGGCGAGGAGGAGUACGAUGAGGAUGAAUUGGGCCGGGGUGAAGGAUUUUGGAAAGUGGGGAGGAAAUUUAGGGCUAGGUUUUCGACUGAUUUGCAGAUGAAGUUUUUCGGGGACCAGAGGAGGGUCGAUUUCGUUGACUGCGGUGUUUGGGCUUUGAAAUUUGAUCCAAGCCAUUUCCCGGGGUCACUAAGAACUCAGCUUGAUCCUACUGCCUUUGAUUUCCAGUUAUACAACUGGCUCUCUAACAGCCCGUCAGAAAUGGAAAGCUACAUUAGGCCUGGUUGCAUUGUUCUUUCUCUGUAUUUGUCGAUGCCAUCUUCUGCCUGGGAUCAACUGUUCACUUCCCAAGGCUCCAAGGAUGGUCAUGAAUUCCUGCCGUCUCUCCCCACUACCAUCACUGUCAGAAGUAUUGAUGUUGACUUUUGGGGAAAUGGGAGAUUUUUGGCUUAUACUUAUAGACAAAUGGUUGUACUU